AUGUCUCUCUCCGAAACGUCCGAUGCAAAGGAGGGAGUUGGAUUUCGUGGAUACCUUCCAGAAUGCAAAAAUAUCCUUCAUAAAGAAGGAGAAGAGGAUAAAUCGUGUCGUUUUUGUAAUGUAGAUCCACCAUCCGAUGAUCCUCCUAUUGUUGACAAAGAGUUGAUUAAACGCGAAACAUGGAAAUCGGAAAGUCGUGGGCCUAGAGACGAACGCACCGAAUGGGAACUUUUCUCCAAAAAGCUUUCCGGAAUCAACUUCGACGAGUAUGACGAGAUCCCAGUUGACUCUUCUGGAAGAGAAUUUCGGCAACUCUUUGGCCAUUUUUCUGUGCUGAAUCUUCAUGAAUGGAUCAAGGACAAUAUCAAAUCCGCCGGAUACGACAGACUUACUCCAGUACAAAAAUACUGCAUACCAGCUCUUCAGAGCGGACAGGACACAUUCGUAUGUGCCCAACGUGAAGAGUCCCACUUCGGAAUGAUAUCUGCUUACUUGAUUCCCGUGGUCGAUUCUAUUCUACAAGAUGGUCCAGAUGACGUGUAUCGUUCCGAUACCAGUUCUCGAGGCAGAAAGAAGAAGCAAUAUCCAAGUGCACUGGUACUUGCACCAACUCGUGAGCGAUCUCUUCAGAUUUACAACGAGUCUCGCAAAUUUGUAUACCGCACUCCAAUCAAAUCAGCACUUCUUUAUGGCGGUCGUGAAAACUACAACGAUCAGAUUCAUAAGUUGAGAUUGGGAUGCCAUAUUCUCAUUGCAACUCCUGGUCGUUUAAAGAAUGUGAUGGAUCAAGGUCUUAUCGGGCUUGAAGGAUGCCGUUACUUAGUUCUUGAUGCGUCUGAUUGUAUGUUGAAAAUGGGUUUCGAACCAAUGAUCAGACAAAUCGUCGAACGAAUGCCACCAAAGGAAGAACGUGUCACAGCAAUCUUCAGUUCGAGUAGUACAACUGAUAUGAAACUGUUCACAGAAGAGAUUUUGAAAAUCAAUAAGCUGGAUUUGACUAUCGGACUGGGGAUGAACGAAUGUUAUGAUUCAAAUAUGUUAAUGUCGAAAGCUUGGUUCUAUUUCAAUUUGUCUCCACCGGACGUCACGCAAGCUUGCGAAAAGGCAUGGCUCAGCGCUGUAUAUGCGAUUAGACUAUUGUUUCUGGAGACGGAUUCGAUCCACCUGGAAUCACACAAGUCGCUUCGUUUUGCUGUUGAAUUUGUCGCGCGUUUAAUGCCAUCUGAGAAAUUUUUACUUGUCUUUGACGGCUUCAAGACUGCCGAUAGGCUUCAUUUGUUUUCCCACGGCAACGCUUAUUUCAUGACUGAACUUCUGCCACGAACUUUCCGCGAAGUUGAAGAUGUCAUCGAAACCAUCUCGAAAAUCGAUAAAAAGAAGCUGAAGACUAUUUUCAACGACGACUUUGGUAAUGGAGAGAAUGAAGAUUGGAGAGAAAGAGGCGUUUCCGUGAAAAAGAAGUCGCAUGAUGUUAUUUUUGCCGGGAAAACCUACCGAGCCAGAUAUAGUGUAAUUGUAUCAGGGGAUGACUACUCAGCUCCUGAACAUGACUAUUUUUCAUAG